CUGCGGGAAAAUGGUUUAUAGAGCCCGCGUAUGACAUCCCAGCCGUUGCACAAUAUUUAGAUUUGAUUAACAUUAUGUGUUACGACUAUCACGGGGGUUGGGAGAACAGGACAGGACAUAACGCUCCACUCUAUGCCCGUCCCGACGAAAUUCUCAACGAUAAGAUAUCAAAUGUGAAUUUCUCGAUAAAUUAUUGGAUAUCAAAGGGCGCUCCAAGAAAUAAGAUAGUACUGGGAAUGGGAACGUACGGGCGAUCAUUCACUUUACAGCGAUCUGAAGACAAUGGGUUGGGAGCACCGGCACCACAGAAAGGACAGGCGGGACCCUAUACUAGAGAAGCCGGUUCUCUCGGUUACAACGAAAUUUGCGAAAUGAAACUCAACAAAAAUGGAUGGACAGAAGUUAGGGAUCGGUAUCAUAUGGCACCCUAUGGUUUCAGAGAUAGGCAAUGGGUUGGCUAUGACGACGUCGAG